AUGUACACCAGUUUACUGUCUGUUUUCGGCAACAAAGCGCCACAUCAGUCGACAAUUUCCCGUUGGUAUAGAGAAUUCAAACGUGGACGGGUGAGUCUUAGCGACGAUCCCAGGGUGGGUGCACCAAAAACGGCAGUCACCCAGGAACACGUCGAUCCUGUGCGCAAACUCAUCAUUGAAGAUAGACACGUGACAUAUCGCGAGAUUGAGGCGUCCUUGAAGAUCCCAAAGACAUCAUUUCAAAAAAUUUCUCGUUGGAUACCCCAGCUGUUGACUGAAGAGCAGAAAGCAGCCAGGGUUAAUUGGUGUCAAAAAACGCUUGACCGUUUCAAUUCCGGAAACUCAAAAAAUGUGUACAGCAUUGUUAGUGCCAACAAAGUCAUCCGUUCUCGAAGUGUUUCGAAAAAGAUGGUCGCGACAUUUGUAGCUGUUACUGCGGAUUGGUAUACCACCAUUUGUUUGCCAAAAGUCAUCACCGAACUUCGAAAAAUCAACCCCGAAAGAAGAAUCAUCCUCCACCAAGACAAUGCAAGCUCGCACACAGCCCAACAAACAAGGCAGUAUUUAACGGAAGAAAACGUGGAAUUAUUGGACCAUCCUCCAUAUAGUCCCGAUCUAAGUUCUAACGAUUUCUUUACUUUCCCGAAAAUUAAAAACAGACUGCGUGGUCAACGGUACCAGUCACCAGAAGAAGCAGUUGACGCAUUCAAAAAUGCCGUUUUGGAUCUGCCAGCAAACAAGUGGAAUAAGUGCUUCGAAAAUUGGUUCGAGCGCAUGCAGAUGUGUAUUAAUCUUCGUGGAGAAUACUUCGAAAAACAAUAAAGUCAUUUAAGACUA